AUGGAAAUAUUAACUCAAUUAAACUCUUUUUGUGAUGCAACUUACAGUGAAAUUAUAUAUGAUAGUGACAUCCAUCCAAUGAACCGUAACCACUUUGCUUUUAGUGUAGCUGGUCGUCAUAAUGUUGGUAUCAUUAUAAUAACAGACAAAGGAUAUUCCUUUGGUUCGUAUGUCUCUCAAGUUCCACAAAUUCCAACCGUAAAAAGAUCUUCUAUUUCUGAAGGAAAAUCGUUUAUAUUUACUUUAAACUCUCCAACAAUUCCCCCAACAAAAUUUGAAAGGACUGAUUAUUGUAUUCCUCGUAUGACUGUCGACCAAUCGCUGGAAAUUUAUAAAUACGACAAGAGCGAAUCAAUUAGAUACAACUUCGCUAUUAACUACGCCUUUGGAUUUUGGGACAAUCAACUCUUUAAAGAUGAAUCGGGUUAUUUGUACUUCGGAAUUGAAGGUUCGUUUGUUGGCAAACCUACACACGAGGAUUUGACUGGAAUUAAACAACGAAUGCCUUCAGCUAAUUCGUACUUUCCAAUUGCAAGAAUUGUCGUGGUUCAAUUUUACUAA